GCUCACUGUGAUCUGUGGAGGGACUCAGUGCGGAUACUAAACUAUAGCGCAUAAGGAGAGGGUGAACUGGUUUCAAGGGUGGCCCAUCUGCUGAGUAAUACACCUGUUGUAAUAUUUAAAGUGUCAACGUUGUGACUGCCAGGUGAGAAGUAGAAUCAUUUGACAGGAGAGGAGGCCUUCGAUCAUCAGACAUUUUGUGUGUGGAUGUUGCCCAUAUGGUUGAGGGUUUGAGUUCAAAAAACGGUGAGGAAGACAAUAGCUAUUGAACUUUGCGAGAAAUUGGAAGAAACAAAACCAAGAUGGAAACAAUAGUUAUUUUCCUGCUCUGUUCUAUUACAGUGGCCUACUCUCGAUCCUCACCCAAAUCCACUCCCAAAAUGCCUGCCCCAAACCGUGAAUGUUGGCCCCUACUGGAGCUGAAACUGGAGUCCGAUCAGCCCUCGCUGCGAGUGCCAGUCAACAGCGAGGCGACUCUGAAGUGCUGCUACAAGCGCAGCACCACACAGGCUGUGGAUCAACACUGGGUGGCCCGCUAUAAGCGGGACGUCAACAUCUCUGCUCCCGAGGUCAUGGAUCCCAGCCCGCGCGUCACCCUGGGCCCAGCAGUAGAGGAGGUCACUGGGCAAGUGUGUCACAAUAUGACCCUGCUUAGGGUGCAGGUGAAUGACACAGGCUUGUACCAGUGCUUCCUGAAUAGGACCCCAGCGUGCCUGUUCACGCAUGGCACCUACCUGCAAGUCUUUACUCCACUGAGGCGCACCCUGGACAUCAGCGAGAGCUGGAAGAACAGCAUCAUCACCAUCGAGGGCGUGCUCCUGCUCUUCAGCGUACUCCUGCCCGGGAUCUGCCAGAUGGGGAAGACAAAGAGGCACACCCAGCUGAGCAGGAAGAAACGUGCAGAGGAGGAGAAUAUUUAUGAGGGCCUGAAUCUGGACGACUGCAACUCCACGUACCACCAGAUCCAACGCUCUCAGCAUGGGCCGUACCAGGACGUGGCCAACCCACCCCAAGAGGACAAUCAGCUGGAGAAGCCAUGAAGGAGUGGCAAAGGCCUGAAGGGGGGGGAGGGGGGAAGAUACUGAACAUGGCAUAUUCUGUGUGUGUGUGUGUGUGUGUGUGUGUGUGUGUGUGUGUGUGUGUGUGUGUGUGUGUGUGUGUGUGUGUGUGUGUGUGUGUGUGUGUGUGUGUGUGUGAGCGUGAGCUAUGCUUUUUGCAGUUUUGGUGUGUUUGUGUUUAAAUAUGUGUGUUUGUGUGAAUUCUUGUCUGACGUUGUGUUGUUAAUUAUACACAGUAUGAUUUGUGAUUCACAUUGACUGACACAGAUAACUGUGUCAAUGGCCUAGAUAGGCAUAGUCUAGCAGUGGGUUUUAGCAACUUCAACAACAUUGGCAUUUUGAACACAAAUCUAGUGAAAAGUCUGUAUCUAUUGUCAGUUAUAACA